CUCCACUUGUCCGCGAGAGAGCUGAUCAGCAGCGCCAUCACCUCUCGUGCACCUGCAGCCAAGAAAACGCGCGCGCGCAGCCUCCUGCCUUCAUAUGGUCGGGGUCUGCUUCAGCGACUGUAAAUAAACCGGGCAAGGAGAGAGAGAGAGAGAAAAAAUGGUUCACACACAACUAACUGCGAAAGGCUGAGGAGGAGGCGGGACUUCCGCCCCGGGAGGAGAGCAGAACUAAACCGGUCCGGCUGUUUAUCUCUUUGUGCAGCCGGAGAGGACCGAGGAAAGGUUGGGUUCUGAUAAGGUUGCGUCACUACAAGCCACACUAUGCUGAGCUACUUGACGUCAGGAGGCUGCAGACUUCCUUUCUACCUCUUCGCCAUGGUUCUCCCCUUGGUUUCUCCUCACACCCUGAACCGCAAUCAACAUCAGGAGCACGACCACAAGGAACGACCCAAGCUACUCCUUGUGUCCUUCGAUGGCUUCCGCUGGGAUUACAUCUACCGCGUCCCGACUCCCAACUUCCGCAGCAUCAUGGACGAGGGCGUGAAGGUAGAGUUUGUGGAGAACAUUUACAUCACCAAAACCUACCCGAACCACUACAGCAUGGUGACGGGGUUGUACGCCGAGACACACGGCGUCGUGGCCAAUGAGAUGUACGACCCGGCUCUGAACCUGUCCUUCUCCAUGGAGACGGACAGCGUUUACAACUCAAGGUGGUGGGAGCAGGCCGUGCCUCUCUGGGUGACGGUUCAGAAGGACGGAGGGCGGAGCGGAGCGGCCAUGUGGCCCGGAUCCGACGUGCUGAUUCACGGCGUGUUCCCCACUCGGUACCUCCAGUACAACGCCUCAGUUUCCUUUGAAGCCAGGGUGCGGCGGAUUAUCGAGUGGUUCUCCGCGCCUGAGGGGGAAGCCGUAGAUUUUGGAAUUCUGUACUGGGAGGAGCCGGACGAGAGCGGCCACAACCUGGGACCUCAGAGCCCGCUCAUGGACGCAAUCAUCGCCGGGAUUGACGAGAAGCUCGGGUUCCUCCUGGAUGAGCUGAAGAAGGCCGGGCUGUAUCAGAAAGUGAACCUCGUUGUGACCAGUGACCACGGGAUGGCCCAGCUUUCCCCCGAGAAGAUCAUAGAACUGGACCAGUAUGUGGACAGAGAUUUGUACACCUGGGUGGAUAAGAGUCCAGUGGUGGGAAUCCUGCCCAAAGAAGGGAAGCUUGACGAGGUGUACGCGAUGCUGGCGGACGCCAACCCCAACAUGGUGGCGUACAGGAAGGACGACAUUCCCGAACACUUCCAUUAUCAGCACAAUGUCCGGAUCAUGCCCAUCCUCCUGGAGGCCAAAGAGGGCUGGACCAUCAUGCAGAACAGGACCGGACUCUUCAUGCUUGGAAACCACGGCUACAACAACACCUUACGCGACAUGCAGCCGGUGUUUGUGGCCCGCGGUCCGGCCUUUCGCCAGAACUAUAUCAAGGCCUCCAUGCGAUCUGUUGACCUUUACCCUCUCAUGUGCCACAUCCUGGCCAUCCAGCCUCUGCCAAACAACGGCUCGCUCCUAAACGUCCGGGACUUGCUGUCCUCAGAGCCGACUACUUCAGCUCCCGCUUCGGCCCACUCCACCCCUCCCCCUAAGGUCAGUAGGUACUCGUACGCCCCGGUUGUGGGUUCGUUCAUCGGCGUGGUGAUGGUCCUCGGAUUCCUAGUGGUCUACGUCAUAUUGGUGACGCUAAAACAGCGGCCUGCGCUCAAACACAGAAGUUGGGAGAUGUCGCAGCCCUUACUGCAAGAGGACUUGCACCUGUAGCUGAGGAAGUUUGAAAGGAUUAGAGACGGAAAAGAAGAGGGGCGGUCGCUCCCCAAGAUACCCUGCUCGGCCCAAAAGCGUUCUCUAAAUGUUUCCUUAACGCCAACAGAUGUGGUUGUGCAAGCGAAACGUUUAUAGGGUUUGCUUCUGGUGCAGGUUUAAUAAAAAAUAAAAUAAAAUAAACAAUGUAACCAUGCUUUGAUGUGAAUUUAACUUGAGAUCAUGUAACAACUUCAGUGUCACUUUCUGCAUAGAGAUUUAGGACUAAGAGUGGAUUUUUAAUCGGUGGUUCUGAGAAGCUGGAACUUUUGGUGGCAAAAACUAUGACUUGGGAUAAUUCAGAGGCAUCAGUAUGCUCAGAUUGAUAAUCUACCAAAGGUGUUUUAUAGUUGAUAGUGAAGGUCAGUUCAUGUUUGCUUGGACAUCUAUCCUUGUAGAAAAAAAAAAAGAGUUAUUUUUCUGUGACAAAAAGGAUAUAAGUUAUUCAAAAGCAUACAUUUGACUAAAUCAAAGAAAGAUUUGCACAAGUAGAAAUACCUGCUUUUGCAUUGGCGUGGUCUUUGCUCACACUUAUUGGUAUACUUGGUAAAAAUGUGUGAAAAAAAUAUUUAAGUUACAGUAGCAUUUUUCUCUCAGAAUACCUUCAAAAAAUGUGAAAUUUAUAAAAAAAAUUUUAGUUGGACAAAAUUUCAAUGACAAAAACACAGACAAAAAACAUUCCAUUUAAUGAAGUUAGAUGAGUGCUGAUCUUUCUAAGUCAUUAAAUGACACAAAUUUGCUCAUUUUUUGUCCUACCAGGAGAUUUCUAAACUCUACUGUGACCUCUACUGGAGCUGUGUGCUUUGGUUAGAUUUGACUUGUACUGAACUUUUAAUAUUAAAAUCUUAACUCUUGACUGGUCAUUAGGUCAAAUUACAUUCAAAUUUUAAGUUGCGCUUUAGUGAGACUGCGCUAUCUUAAUGCUUUUACACACAUUUACCAGGAGUGCCAUUGAAGGUGGGGAGUCUCGUAAAGGCUAGUAGUGUAUAUAAGGAGAUUACAUAUUAUCCAACAUGAACAAUACUGAUCUAUGAUCCAGAUUAUACUUAUAUGUAUAAGUAGAUACAUUGGCAACUAUGGAAAACCUUUGGUUGUUAGGAUCUAAACAAAUUACGCUAUUUAAAAAAAAUCUUUUGUCUAAUUUCUUAGCUCCUAUUCUAGAUUAAAUUAUUUGGGGUCUGCAUGAGAGUCCACUGUUUGGAACCAGCUUUUAUGAUCCUAUGUCCAACAAGAGAUGCUGAGAGCAACAGGUGUGGAAAUCAGAUAACUGGGUAUGCCUUCAGACAAUCUUUGCCUUUUAAGCGUUCAUAGUUUUUACACGGAAAAAGUCCACCAGUGAAGUGUGUGGAGAAUUUUUUGCCGUCUCUCGUCUGCUUUCCUACUAGCAGAAAGAGGUGGAAACGUGUCGGAGAUUAAAAAUAGUUGUUCAACAUGCUACUUUUGAGCUAUUCUUAGGCAGCAAGCAAAUUUUGAUUUGACAUUUUCAAAUCUAUGCAAAUCAGAUUUGUAUGUCAUGAAGUAAAGGAGGACCAAAGUCUACUUAGAGUUUUCCACCACUUGUUCUGCUUGUGGUUUGAGCACCGGAGAAGAUGUUACUUUAUACUGGAAAUGCUGUGAUUCUGCUAAAGUAUAAAAAAAAACAACUUCUGUAGCUUCAGGAGACUGGUCAUUGUCACUGUUCAUUUUGAAUGCUACCUGGAAAAUUCACUCAGUGUGUCAAGCUACUUCAUGUGUAGGGCAUUCACGUCACACUACCUUGCUCUUUCAUAGUCAGCUACCAUUUGCCUUUAAACUAAACAAAGUACACCUCUCUCGAGCGUUCAUUCUGUCUUCUGGUCUGUUACGCCCCCGUCACACCAGAUUAAGGCGGCCCUAGUCUCCUGGAUUUUUAUCGUAGUUGAAAAUUUAAAACAAAUGUACCUUAGGACAUUUGGAAAACCUCAUUUUAGAGUGAAAUGUCUCUACUAUGCUCUUAUAUGAUGGAGUACAUCCGCUUUCUCUACUGUGUUUUUGACCAUCCUGUCAAAAUGCUACCACUAAUGACAAAAGUUUUGCAUUUAAACUGCAGCCUGAAUAAUUUUGCAACCUUCCUGCAAACUGCCCAUAUGCACAAUUUGGGGGUGUGCGCGCCUUAUCUGACACCAUCGGAUCCGCUCAUGAAGGCAUUCAGAGCAGGUCUUUCGUGGCCCAGUCACAGUCCGGUGUGAAGGGGGCUUUAAUUGUUGACUGUCUCGGGAGGGCUUUCUUUUUCUUUCAUAGAUGACUGUGUAUUUCGCUACUUACUGUCGUAAUUCAGUGUUGUAACCAUGGCCAUAUUGUCGGUGAAAUGUGAAGUGCAAUUGCAAUCUGUCUGUACUGUGUCUUAGAAUUCUAGGGUUUAUUGUCAAUUUGGUUGAGAAAAAUUAUUUGGAACGACUCGCAAGACACGAUCCCCUGAUUUGCACUACAGGAUCGAAACAAGGUGUUGGAUGCUUCUUAGGACGUGUAGCCUCUAAUUUGCACUUCUAGUUCAUAGUAGCUAUUUCAAAUAACGAAAAGGAAAAGCUGACUCUUGUUUGAAAGCUUUUUAAUUUGUAUAGUUACAGAAAAGAUUAAGAAGACUUGAAUCCAAAUCAGUUGUGUGUAUAUUUUUGCUGCACCUUAUAUAUAUAUAAACAAAAAGAUUGGUUUAAUUUUCUCCGUUUGCUUUUCGAAUGGCUUAACCGUGCCCAAAAACAACAGACAUCACUGUGAUAUAAAUAUAGAUAUACUUUUUACAAAAUUUAAAUUCAUAAAUUAAAAGCAUUUAUAUGGAAACUACCUACUUUCUCAUCCUUUUAAUGUUUUAAUAAACAAAAGUAUUGUCUAAUAACUUCUUUCCCAGACCCACUGAUAUGGAAGUGAAGUAUUAUAUUUCGAAAUUAUUCAAGAUCAGCAGUAUUAUAUUUCAAAAAUGAUUCAUUUGUACUUGCUGAAAAAAAGGAGUUUAUUAUUAUUGCCUUGGAUUUGGAUACAGUGAAUAUUUAAUAUGAGUGACAGAUUCUAUCUUUGCCAUGUUGAUGCAGUUAAGAGUCUUCUGAAAAUAAAGUGGCUCAUAAAAACCUUAA